AUGAACAGCUUGCUUAUUUGCACCAUGUUGGAAAGGGAUCGACACGAGAACAGAGUUGCAGUCGAUCGAAUGAAGCCAACUCGAGAAGAAACUCCACCGACCAAAGCAGCACGAGAACUCAAUAAAUUUUAUGGCAACAUCGUUGCAACGAGUAUUGGAAUGGUUUCACAAAUUCAUGACGGGCAACACGAGGAUCAAACGGAAGAGGGGAGGCGAACCUUGGAAAGUGGAUCGAUCGAUUCUGAGACAGCGUCUCCGGCUAAACCUCGAUGGAUCAACCCGCAAAUUGGCUGGACAUUACUG